UGUGUGUGUGUGUGUUUUUAUUUUUAUUUUUAAAAGAUGAGCCCGGAGAUGGUAGAUACUGUUACUUAGAUUGGUUUACUCUUAUUCACAGUGAAGGUAGCAGGCUAGGCUUGAGUUUAUGGAUUCAAUUACCACUGAAGAGGGUUCUUCCUCUUCUUCUUCCACCGAUGGAUGGAAAUACGAUGUCUUUCUUAGCUUUCGAGGCGAGGACACACGCUACAGUUUUACAGACCAUUUGCACAGCAGUUUGGUUCGGAAGGGGAUCCACACCUUCAUAGAUGAUGGGCUUGUAAGAGGAGAAGAAAUAUCACAAGCGCUUCUCAAAGCAAUUGAAGGGUCGAUGAUUUCUCUCAUCAUAUUCUCUGAAAACUAUGCAUCCUCCAAGUGGUGCUUGGAUGAACUCGCUCAUAUCAUGCAAUGUAAAAAAUCAGAUCAACAAAAGGUAAUUCCAAUUUUUUACAAAGUGAAUCCCUCAGAUCUACGACACCAGACAGGUUGCUUUGGGAAGGCACUUGCUAGCCAUGAAUGCAACUUCAAGGAUGAUCCGGAGAAGGUGAUAAGAUGGAAGGCAGCUCUCACAGAAGCAGCAAAUUUGUCUGGGUGGCAUCUAACAAGCGGGUAAAUAUUUUACCACACUAGUUA